GAGUAUAAUUGCGAUAUACAACCUCUUUUUAAAAUGGUUAGUCGACGUACAAUAACAAACGAUUGUUUGAAAAUCUUCCAUCAUGAAAAAGAAAAAUUAGUUUUACAAGUGUUUUGUGGACGUCUUUUCAAAAUAAGUCCUACAUUUUCUUUAUCUGCCACUUUAUUGAGAAAAAUUGGAGACUAAAAAAGCAUAUACUUAAUUUUAUUGGUAUUUAUGCACCUCAUACUCCAAUAGCACUAUAUAAAACUUUAUUUGAAAAGUUAUACAAAUGUAACAUUGAUAAAAAAAAUCAUGUGCGUUGUUCUAGAUAACUAUUCAACGCAAUGGUUAGAAUUCUUAAAGAGAAGUUGAAUACUAAACUCGUCAGUGACGGUAAUUUUUUUCAUAUAAGAUAUUCUGGGCAUAUUGUAAUAUUUGGCUGUUCAAAAAGCAAUUGAAAGCAUUAAACGUACAAUACUAAAAGUUAGAGAAAGCGUGAAAUAUGUCAAAUUGUCAACUUUGAAAUAGCUUUGAUGCCUUUAUUUGUUUAAAAGAAAUUGAUUUAAGUUACACAUAUUUGCUUAAUGAAGACGAGUAAACAAAUGUUAAUGGUUGUUUGUGACUAUUUAAAGUAACAAACCUUUCCUCUACAGCAAUAAAUCCUACAGCAAACUAGGAAAUGCGGAGGAAAAUGAUGGUAAAAAUUUCAAAAUAUUGGAAAAUUAGUGCAGAUAUGUUAGCCAUUGCAUCUGUGUUAGACCCGCGUUAUAAAAUGAUCAGCGUUGAGUACUAAUUUAGGUAAAUUUAUGGUGCUACAAGUAAACAGAAGUUAUAAAAUAUUAAUGAAUCUUUUGCUUCUUUUUUAUAUUCAAAAAGGAUUGAGAAAUUCAAAAAACAUGUAGCCUUAAAUCUUCUUUCGAACUAAAAAAUGAAUGUUAUACAUAGAUUAUUGUUGAUGAAAAAGGAUUCGAUAUACUGGAAUGGUCGAGACAUGUUGGAGUCAGUUCUAAGACAUCAAAAACAGUCCAUAUAUAGUCAGAUUUCUAGCUAUACAAUGUUUAGCAAGAGAUAUUUUGCCAAUUUCGUUGUCUAUUGUUGCUUCUAAGUUACAGGUGGUAGAGAUCUUGAUAAAUAUUGAAGUUCUAUGAUUCCAAGCACAUUGGAACCCAUUGUAUGCUCAGAAGAUUGGUUAAAAUCUUCGAGGUCAAAAACAAAAAGAAGCAAAUCUAACUUGUGCUGGCAAGUCAACGCUAGUUGUGCAGUGUUAACGUCUAAUCAACCUCUAAUUAUAUUAUCCACCGUUGGUGCAGCAUUAUCGGGAUGUAUUGCAUUUGUAUGUUCAUUUAUCAGCUGUUUUUCUCUGUGCAAUACAGAACAUGUUAACACUGGAUUUAUUAUUCAGCAACCCUCGUUUAUUGCUGUUACUCCCGGUAGUCAAUAUAGACAGUUUUUCCAAACACCUGAUCUUUUUAACCAGCAAUUACUUUAUGGAGGGCAAGCUCCGGUUAGCUUUGCGGAAACAGAUAAUUCUAAUAAUAACUGUUACUCUACUGAUAGAGCGCCACUGAUUGACAAUCGUUGAGUUUAAAAAAUAGUCGUCAUUUUUUUAAAGUUGUUUGUAUUUAUAAAUUUAUUUAUAUCUCGAGAGAUUUGAGAGAAACCUUAGAAAAGAAAACGUUACUUGAAA